CCGCACGAGUGAAGCGGCCGCUGCAGUUGCGCACAUGCGUAUGCAAAUGAGUGGCGCACACAUGGCGCACGGAGCCAAAGAUAGAGUAACAAAUCAGGAAUUUCCCUCCUGCCACUCCUGAGAGUGCAGAGAGCACACAAGUCAACGCCGUACACUUACGCGUUCUCCUCGGAGAACAGAGCUGAAAAGCGGCAUUCAUUUGCAUCUUUUAGAAUUUUCUUUUUUCCCCAAAAACUUUUCACGCCAGGAUUAACCUCUGUUUCCGGAUUACGAGCUAGCAUUUGGGGGGGGGGAAUCAUGAGUUUGGACCCAACUUUUGCAUCAUGUCUCCUGUUUAGAAACUUUCUGAGGGAAUAAAUGGCGCAGCGCAGGAGAGCAGCACGGAUGAAGAGUACUGUUAUGUUGCAUGGGAUUUGUUUUUAGUCACUGCCGGAGGAUUUGUACUUCUAGACUUUAUCGGGGGGGAAAAGCGAGGAUUCUCUGUUAAUUUAGAGUAAAAACAAACCAACAUCUGGAUUACAAAUUCAGAACUUUUUGGAGGAAGAAGAUGUGGAGUGAAAACGGCGUGUAGAAGGAUGCUGCCGCCUGUACAAUGGAAGUGAAGAACUCUUUAGCUUUCUUUGCGGUGACUUGUCUCUUUUUUUGCUCCACUUUCAGUCAAGAACUCAACCCCAAAGGCAGGAAUGUAUGCAAAGUACCGGGGUCACCGGGACUGGCGUGCUGCGGUGGAUGGAGCCAGCUAGGAGACGAAUGCCUGACGCCUCUCUGUGAAGGCAACUUCACAUGCAAGGAAAAUGAGGUGUGUGUCAGGCCAAAUGAAUGCCGCUGCCGUCACGGGUACUUUGGAGCAAGCUGUGACACCAAGUGUCCCGGACAGUUCUGGGGUCCCGACUGUAAAGGCAAAUGUCUUUGUUACCCUAAUGGCCAGUGUGAUGACCUGACCGGCCAGUGUACCUGCAAUCACAACCGCUGGGGACCAAACUGUGAGAAUGCAUGUCUGUGCCAAAAAGGCCAGUGUGAUCAAGAAACAGGCAAAUGCACAUGUCACCCCGGCGUCUGGGGUCCUCAGUGUAACAACAAGUGCUACUGCAGCGUCAACUCCGUCUGCGACCCCAUGACGGGCCGCUGCCAGUGCCGGUCUGGAUGGAUGGGGAGAAACUGCGCUGUGCAGUGUAACUGUAACAACUCGCCAUGUGAACAGUUCACGGGACGCUGCCAGUGUCCUGAGAUGCGGUGGGGGCAGCGGUGCGAGCGGUACUGCCAGUGUUCACACGGCAAAUGCAACCAAGCUGAUGGCUCUUGUAAGUGCACUCCAGGCUACCGUGGGAAGUUCUGCAGAGAACCGUGUCCGGCUGGAUUCUACGGACAGAACUGCAGGAACAAAUGUGGACACUGUAAAGGACAGCAGCCUUGUAAAGUCACAGAGGGAAGAUGCAUAACCUGCGACCGAGGCUGGAACGGGACGCGUUGUGAUCAGCUUUGCUCCAAGGGCUUUUUUGGCGAAGACUGUGAGGAAGUUUGCCCCGCCUGUAAGGAUGGCCACCACUGCGACCCCAUUCACGGGAAGUGCUCACAGUGCAACCCAGGCUGGAUUGGGGACAGGUGUGAGGUUCGCUGCCCCAACGGCACUUACGGCGAGAAUUGUGAAAACAACUGCAGCCACUGUUAUAACGGCAUCUGUCACAUGGUCACCGGAGAGUGCCUGUGUGACCCAGGGUUCUACGGCACCUACUGCAACAUGACCUGUCAGCCGGGCCAGUACGGAGUGAACUGCAAUCAAACCUGCCAUUGCCACGACAAGGACUGUGAUCCCGUAUCUGGAGCCUGCUAUCUUCAGCCUAACCAGAGGAUGGGAGUGAUUGCAGCUGGAACCCUGGUCUCCUUCUUACUGAUUGUCCUGCUGUCCCUGUUGUUCUGCUGCUGCCUGUGUCGACACAAGGACGACCACAACAAAAAAGCCAAGCGGAUCCUGUGUGGACGAUUUAGCCGAAUCAGCACAAAACUUCCCCGUAUUCCACUGAGACGACAGAAACUGCCAAAAGUAGUUGUAGCCCACCACGACGCAGAGAACACCUUUAACUGCAGCUUUAUCGAGCCCCCCUCGGUGGCCGAGCAGCCCUCCCCUUCCUCCUGGUCGUCCCAGGAGUCCUUCUCUUCCUUUGAGAGCGGAGACGAGGGACCGGUUUACUGUCUGCCCCACGAAGAAUCUGUGAAUGACAGCAAAGAGAAGCGCAGCCCCAGUCCAGCAACUGACCAACCAGAAGCCCCCACCAAUGAGGAUGCAGGAGAGUAUACCUCUCUGAAAGACACCAGUGUCACAAAGGUGGAUGGCAGUGAACAACCCCUGAUCAAGUCCUCUGACAGUGAAGGGUCCACCACAGGCUCGGAGUCCGCAACCGCAGCUCUGUAUGCUCGCAUAGCACGUCUCUCGAAGCAGUCCAAAGAGGACGAUGGUGGUGGCAAGGAUGGAGAUGGAACUCCUACAGUGGAGGUUAAGCGCAAUGGAAAACCACCGCCUUCACCUGGUAAGCCUAAACCAAGGCCCCCUGAUCCAUCAACCAAGCCUAAAAUUUCAUGGAUACAUGGAAACACCCAAGGUUCUCCGCAGUCAGAGCAACAGGGGCAGGGCGGCAUAAAGUCACUGGUAGUGCCAAAGGAGAAAAAGAGGAGCUCGAGCGAUUGUUCAGCCAAGAGUGAGGAGCGACAGAAAAUAAAGGAGAAGAAUCGUGAACAACAGAAGAAACAGGAAGAGAAGGAGGCAGAUGCCAAUGAAUCUCCCAGAAAACAUAAACCUCUGCGAGGUAAGAAGUCUGGGGAUGAGCACAGCAGCCCCAGUCACAUGGAGCACAUUAAUGGUGUUGUCCAGAACGCCUUGAAGAUGAUCAGUAGCUUUCAUAGUUCCUCUUCUGAGAAGAAAAGCUCAAAUGACAUUCCAAAAGAGAACCCUAAAGAGCCACCCAAGAGCCCUAAGGUAAUGCACCCACAUAUGAACUCUGAGGCUGCCACGCUGCUAGCUGCUCAGCUUAAAGAGAAAACCCAAAGUAUCAACCGGAAUGAAGGAACAGGCUUAACAAAGACCAAUGGCUUUUCUACACCCAAGGGGACAAGAGAGAAGCCAACACCUCCACAGAAAACCAAGAGGAACCCAUCAAGUGGAUUAAACCAGCAGGCUUCCAUCAAGCCACUGUUGCCCACCACAAACAGCCUCCAUAAGAUGGUGAUGCCUGUCAGCAGCGACCUAGGGCCCCCUGAAGCUAAGAGCCCGGAAAAGCAGGACUUAAACGGCUCGAAGUUUGGGGACCCAACACAGGAUCACACGCCAAAGAAAACUCCAAUAAAAAAGCCGCCCAGGAAGAAGGGCAAGGAGGGGACUUUGGAAACCCCUGACAGUAAAACACCCCAGCAAAAAACAGCCAUCAUGCCACCACAAGUUGUGAAAUAAUUGCUCAUGAAACCCAAACAUAGGAAAGAUUUUUGAAGGGUUUUAACCCAGCUUAGUUGGAUUUCUUGGAAAGUAGACUGCACCGUCUUUAUGACAAAGAAUGGAAUCCCCUUCCGGCGAGACUAUGCUGUGACUUCAGGGCCAAUGAAGACAGAAAGAGUUUUUUUUUUUUUUUUAGGGCCUUUUCAUGACCUCUAUACACCAUUGUAUUUUACUUCAAGAAUCUGUUUUUAUAUAUAACUGUGUAUCAAACUCACAUCACAACCUGUGGCUAAGCCGGACACAACUGUGAAAACAGUGGAACGUGGACAUUUUUUCAUACUUCAUUUUUUAUCGCUAUACAAAAUGACAACACCUAUAUUUAUAUGAGGAUUUGUUUUAAAGAUUCUUAAUCGUGAUUUUACUUCGCUGGUAUUGGAAAAAUAGAUACUCCACAGGUACUAAAAAGGAUUUUGAUCCUACAAGGAUUGGUAUUUUUUUUUUUCAAUCUAAUUUCAACUGACCAAUUUAAAAACAUUUUCAUUCUGUGUAGAUGAGAGUCUUUUUUAAACAUUUCCAGUUACGAGUAACGCCGUUGUGUCUCAUCCUCAUAAAUCCAUCUGCUAUUGUCAACCUACUUGUUUUUGACUUAACGAUUGUUUGGCUUUUUAAAGAAAUCUUACCAAAAAUCUUUCACUGUUUAAAUAGAUUGGAAAUAGUCCGUACUACAAAGCUAUGCUACAUCCUUACUACUUAAGCUCUUACAUUCAGGGAUCCUCUAUAAAGUACAAACCAUUUUUGAUUUAUUUAGUUUAACUCACUCAUUUUAAACAUGCUGUUGGAUGUUGUGCAGAAAGACCAUUUUAACUUCAGCUUUAUACUUUUGCCGACACCAAAUCACUAGAAUAUGCUCUUUUCAGUAUGUUUUACUCGCUCAUCAAAACCACUAAGCCAAAAUUAUAACUGAUGUAUCCCAUGUCCUCAAUUAAUGUCAUGCUAAUAAAUCACUGAAGUAAAAAACAAGUAUUUAAUUACAGCCAAAUCAGCACUUCCUCUCUGCUGCAAACAGACUGAGCCUAUUUAGCCUUGUGCUAUUUAGUCGGGUCAGAUAAAAACAUCUGUGUUCACCUGACCUCACGAAGGAAAAUUUGUUUCAUGUUUACAGUAUUUCAUGGGAAUGAAGCCUAAGCCUUAUGCAGAUGAUACCACGUUGUGGCUUGUAUUUCUUCUAGUGUUUAGAGAGUUUGAAGUAUUUCUCAAACACAUCAUUUGUCUAAACUGUUUACUAUGGUUUUGCCAUGAUGUGUUUGAACUGGGCUUAUUACAUGCACAUGAAAUAUCCAGAUAGAACAUAAAAAAUAGCCAAUACUUAAAAAAUAGCAUGACCUAAUUAUGAGGGCAACACAUACAAUAGAUACCGGAAUACCGAGUAGUUAAGAUUCAUGUUACAGUUUUACUGUGGAUUAUAGUCAGGUGUGGAUUAUAAUUUUCAUUAAACAGAUAUUUAGCUCCAGUUUGUACACACUGCAACUUUUAUCUCCAUGAAAUACUGUAUGUCGAUCAUUUAUAGAGUAAAAAAAAAACAAAAAAACACAUGGAUGGUAAAAUAAAUACUUUCACACAGUUCAUAUUUCUAACCAGACGGCUUUGUCUAUUUCCAAUACUUAAAUUUUGGUCAGUCUGUUAAAAUGCAAUCAAAACAUAGCAAGCUUCUAUAAGUGGUUCAUUCCACAUGGAAACCAAUUGUAAUAAAAUAUGCUCAACAUCAGUCAACUUCAAUAUCUUUAAUUAUCCCAAUACAGUAACUGCCCUGUUACAGUAAGCUAGUAAAUCAAUGCUGCAGUUCCAUGGUGCUUUGAAACUCAAUGUUAAUCAUGGACCAUCAAUAGGACUAAAUGGUACUGCGUCUUGGCCCGUGACAGGUCCCUCAUCUGUGGAUUAGUUUAGGUUCCUGAGUUUGUCUAAAUGUUAUUCUCUUUAGUCUUGAUAAACUAAAAUGCCAAGCUAUUUCGGAGCUAGCACUUGCUACAUUAGCUGUUAGCAUGGACUAUGCAAGUUCAAUCCAAAUUUACAACUAAUUUGAACGUUUUUUGUGUUUUCAUCGAGGUACACAUCACCCCCCACACACACACACUUUUCUACAUGUAUACAUUGUGUACUUAUUAUUAUCCUUGUAAGCUGUGCUUAUAUGACUCUCGGUCUGUUUCUUUGUUGAUGAUGAACUGGCUUUCAUGUUGUACUUGCUUUUUCUUUCGGUUUGCCCCAUACGUUGGGCUCUGUAGCAAACCCGGUGUAUGAGUACACCCCCCACGCCCCUGUAAAGUUUACACUGCCUUUGUAAUUAUUAUCUGUUGAUGUGUAUUGAAACAUUUACUUCAUGACACAGUGUGUAAUUACAUGGCAUUAACGGCUGCAGGGAAAUGCGUCUUGACCAGUUUCCUUCAGAUGUUAUCAUUUGCAUGACAUAAGAAAAAAACCCCAAAAGGAUUGUACAAUACUACUACAAUACUCUGACACCUCUGUGCAAGUCCUUACCUAUGCAGUACAUAAUACGAUAGCAUUGAGUAGUUACAGUAUGAUGUGUCAAGCACUUUUAUCUGACUGACUCGUGCCUAUUGUUAAAGGCUUUCAGUGCAUUUCUUUUUUUGAGUGCCCUUAAAAAUGACAAAACAAACUGUAUGGUAUUUUGGAAUUUUUUUGUGAUUUUAUCUUGGCAUCUUGAGUUUUCAUUUUUGGAAUAAAAAAGCAAUACAUGUAUUUUUCUGUCAAAUGUGACACCAAA